UCUAUUGACCUGCCUCUGUACCCUUCGCCUGUUUUAAUCCACAGCAACUUGAAAGAUUGAAUAGUUCCUGCAGUGGUCAGAAAGAAUGUCUGAUAAAUGUCUUACUGGUACUUUACAGUGAUAACCAACCACAGACUAUAAGGUUCCCAUCAAGUGGUACUUCAAAAGUUGCCAGGGGGGGUACGUAGGGAGACUAGCGAAGCUGUAGCUAAUUAUGGUUUGAUUACAAAUGUGAAGUUGGUAACCUUUAACCCAGUAACGGUUUAAAGCUUCAAAUGUACACAAAGUAGUAGACCAAACUAUUAUAAAUAUUGAGUUAAAGUCAUUCACUUAAUUUGUGAAAGUGUAAUACAUUGGGAGACAGGUUUAUGUGGGUUCAUCUGAAGGGUACCUUAACCAAAAAUGCUCGGAACUGCUGAUAAGGAUCAAUGACUAAACGGUGGAUAUUGUAUGAAGUCAUUUUGAAUGCUAAUGAGGGAUUGAGGUUUACUUUUUUUUUUCACUUAAAAAACAACACAGAUGGGCUGUACCUACAAACACAUUCAAACAAUCAAUGUACAGUAGAAUUAAUGGAGACCAUGUGCAAAUUGUGUGAAACAAAACAAUAGCCUAAAUGGAUUGAGAUCUUCCACUAAACAGUUGGAAUUAUAUUGACCGAUAAGAUUGAUAAUUUUUUACUUGAAUUAAUAAUAUUCACCAAAUGUCUUUUGCAUUAACAUUUGCAGUGUUGAAAAAUGCCACUGCAGUUACAUUCCUGAAAAGAGCAUCGAUGUUUAACCGACACAGCUGCUGUCCAGCAGGGGUCGUUGUGUCGUGAUCCCCAGCAGCGUCAAGAAACAAACAUGGCGGCAUCCAGUGUCUUCAGACCCGGCUUGUUCAACAGCAAAGUUGCAAUAGUAACGGGCGGCGGGACCGGGAUUGGUAAAGCUAUCGCUAUAGAGCUGCUGGAGCUCGGUUGCAAUGUGGUCAUCUCCAGUAGAAAGGUGGAGAGGUUGGAAGCAGCAGCUGAAGAGAUGAGACAAAAGAUCCCCGCCUCCAGCCCGGAACGUGUCACUCCUCUACAGUGUAACAUCCGAAACGAAGAUGAAGUGAAGGAUCUUGUGUCGUCAGUGCUUAAGCGAUACGGCAGGAUAGACUUCCUGGUGAACAAUGGGGGAGGUCAGUUCAGCAGCCCGGCAGAAAACAUGUCAUCCAAAGGCUGGAAAGCUGUGAUUGACACCAACCUGACGGGCACCUUCCACUGCUGCCAGCAGGUCUACGCUGCAUGGAUGAAACAGCAUGGAGGGGUGAUUGUCAACAUCAUUGCUGACAUGUGGAAAGGCUUUCCGGGGAUGGCCCACACAGGGGCAGCGAGGGCAGCGGUGGACAACCUAACAAAGAGUCUGGCCAUCGAGUGGGCAGCUGCAGGAGUCAGGGUCAACUCUGUCGCACCUGGCACAAUCUUCUCCAAAACUGCAAUGGAGAACUACAAGGAGCUUGGACCAAAUCUCUUUAAGAUGUCUGUUCCAUUUAGCCCCGCAAAAAGGCUAGGGGUACCAGAAGAGAUUUCAUCAGCAGUGUGCUUCCUGCUCUCUCCUGCGGCCUCCUACAUCUCUGGAGCCACGCUGAAGGUGGAUGCAGGACAGAGUCUGUACCACUCCAUGUGGGAGAUACCCAGCCACAGUGCAUGGCCUGAAGCUCCAGAGGGGGAGAACCAGGAUGCUCUGAAGGAACUGCUCAACCCAAAAAGCAAGCUCUAAUCAUGGCUAAGUCUGAGCCAAAGCACCACAAGCAAUGGGAAGAAACAAGACAUCAUAGUGGCCCGGGACUAAGAUAGCAGUAUUUAUUAUUAUAAAUUCUGUACAUAAUUGUAUUUAAUUAAUUGAAAUACAAGUGUCUGAUUGUUUUUUUGUUUUGUUUAGAGUUGUGACAAAACAUUGAAAUGCAUGUAGAGUAUGAUAUAGUAACAUUUUCAGUGCCUUUGUAAGUUGGUUAUUUACAGUGUUUUUUGAAAAAAAUACCAUCUUUACAAAGAUAAAAUGACAAUAAUGUUUUUAAUACAUGUGUACUGUUAAGAGUCUCUGAGGCUAUUUAACGCUGCUCAUCUUUGAUAUAGUUAUGAAAUGCAGUAAUACUUUAUAUACUGUAACAUGUUUCCUUUAUUGGGCCAAUAUUUAAGAGGCAACAGACAAUUGAACAUAGUACUUUAACAUAAAUCUUUGGAUAAUAAAAUAAAUAAAAUAUUUGAAUCAUAAAA